AUGUCUGACACUUUAAUUGACACUUUAAAUGACCCUUUUUGUCACAAUUCUUUCGUUCUCUUGAAAAUAUACCACUCAGUUCAAAGAAACCAAUACACUCAAAACCAAUUAACAAACCCCAAGAUGAAAUUUAAUUUUUACUUACGCUUUCUCUUUACAUUCCUAUUUGUUAUAACUUUGAUCGGUUGUCAGGAACCGAUUGAAGAUUCACAAAUCCAGGCAAGCAUGGAGUGGAUGGAGAACCUUUUGAACAAGCACAACCAAACCAUUGAGGCUCUUGCUGAGAAGGGAUUAUUAAGCACAUUGGGAAGCAAAGAACUCAAUUCGAACCCCAUUUUACUUUCCCCAAAACAAAAAGUUAUCUUUUCUGUCGUCAAUAGAAGUACAAUGAAACUAGCAAGGGAAAUCAUAAUGGGAAAGGAGGGAAAUCAGGUCAGUGAAGAAGAACUAAAAUUGUGGUUGCCGGAUUUAGAGGAACCUACAAUCAUGAUGAUACCCAAGGUGGGAAAACUUUAG